GCCUUAUCAUGGUGUGCGUAAACAUUACGGCGGUGGACGUGCAAAAGUGAUGUUGUGAUGUGAGCGAAGUUUUUUUGCCGAAUUUUGAUAACUGCGUAUAAAUUUCCAACUGAAUAAUUUCCUGAGUUUGUUAACGCGAGUGAACUUCCAAUCGAGUAAAGAUAAGUUGUGGAAGUCCAAGAAGCGUAUUGAGAUAUAUAAGUAUACGUGCGGUGCGUGGUUCGUUGCUAUAAGUGGUGGUGCAUUUUGUUUAUUUAUAGACCGUCGCAAUUUGCAGACAUGUAAUUAUUUUGGUGGCGCUAAAAUGUCUCAAAGGGAUACAGCAAUACAUCUUCUGGCCGGAGGAGUGGCCGGAACAGCAGGAGCGGUGGUGACAUGUCCACUAGAGGUGGUAAAGACCAGGCUACAGUCGUCCAAGGGUGUUGGGGUGCCACCGACGCAGCCCCCACCCUCAGACAGCAAUGCAACAAAGACCAAGAGGGGCUGCUCUAAGAUUCCUAAGCAUCAGGAGGCUAAAUGGGGCUACCGACGUACGAUGGGCGCGAUGUUCGCGUACAGCCAGCAGCCCGAUCGCAUGCUGAUGUCGUACAAUUGCCAGGUGCAGCCAUGCGCGCGCGCCGGCACCGCCCGCCCUGUCUCGAGGAUGAGCCUUAUACAGUGUAUCAGACACAUCGUCCAAACCGAGGGCCCAAAGGCGUUGUUCAAGGGCCUGGGUCCCAACAUUGUCGGUGUUGCGCCAUCGAGAGCCAUAUACUUCUGCACCUAUUCGCAAGCCAAGGCUAUACUGAACCAGAACAUAGCCCCCGACACACCCAUAGUUCAUCUAUCGGCCGCUAGCGCUGCAGGUUUCGUGUCUUGCACAAUGACGAAUCCGAUAUGGUUCGUAAAAACGAGGCUGCAACUGGACGGACAGAACGUGACCGCUGUGCAAUGUAUUAAAAGGAUAUACGCUAAAUCGGGUAUCAAAGGCUUCUACAAAGGCAUAACGGCGUCCUACAUGGGCAUAAGCGAGACUGUGGUCCACUUCGUGCUAUACGAGGGUGUGAAGGCUCGGUUAAUGGCGGCCCGGGCCCAGGAUGGCAUCCCGAGCGACGCAAGGACACCGCGGGACUUCCUAGAGUUCAUGGCGGCGGGGGCCUUCUCCAAGACAGUCGCUUCCUGCAUCGCGUAUCCACAUGAGGUGGCCCGGACACGGCUGCGGGAGGAGGGAGACAAGUACCGCAAGUUCUGGCAGACCCUACACACCGUCUGGAUGGAGGAGGGCUAUCGUGGCGUCUAUAGGGGCCUCGGCACACAGCUCGUCCGCCAGAUACCAAACACAGCCAUCAUGAUGUCCACAUACGAAGCGGUUGUCUACCUGCUCACAACACACUUCAACAGUUCCUUUUAUGAGAACACUUAGCUCACCUCUCCGAGACUAUAGUGUUAGUCUAGGAUGCUCAGGAGUAAACAUGGAAUCAAAGGCUGGCUUUUGUAAAGGAUUUUUAGUAGAAAAUGCCAGUGGUUGAAUUGACCGAUGUACGAGCAAUAUACCGUUACCCAUUUAUUUUUAAAUCAUUAGAAAUGUUUGGGUAGUGUUUCACGCUAAUAACUAUAUUAGCAUGGUCAAUGGCUGAGUUACUCUAACUUUUCUGAUAUUUAGAGAGUUGAUUAAUCUUUGAUCAAUAUUUGUAGUUUAAAAUCUGGCAUAAAGUUCUGCUAACGCAUGUUCCUACACGAAUAAAUGUAGGAAUGUUAUAUAAUGCUUGUUGAUUCCUGUGUAGGCCUAAGUAGACCUCAUGGAUAGAAGCACAUCUUACUCCUUAUAUAGAGAUGUUAUAAGGUUUAGAAGUAUUAGU